AUGCCGUUCCACUCGCCGGAGACGCUGCGGCCCUUCGACCUGCACUUCGGCGGCCUGCCAGCCUUCUUCGCUCGUCGGCGCAGGAAGGACGCUCGCCAGCGGCGGCAGCGGACCACCUUCACAUCGGAGCAGACGCUGCGGCUCGAGAUGGAGUACCACCGCAACGAGUACAUCUCCCGGCCGCGCAGAUUUGAGCUUGCUGAAAGCCUGGAUCUCACUGAAACGCAAAUAAAGAUUUGGUUUCAAAACCGGCGGGCGAAAGACAAGAGAAUCGAGAAAGCCCAAGCGGACCAGCAAUACCGGUGUAUGGCGCUGGCAUCGGGUCUGGGCAGCGGUCUCGCUGGUGGCGGUCUGGCCAGCGGCUGUCUGCCCGCCGGCUACGGGGAGCCAUCACUGAACUGCAGCCUCUGCUACAUCAAGCCGCCGGCGGCGACGGUGGCGGCGACGUCUCCGCUGCUCGCGCCGCCCGCGUCAUCCUACCGAUAGAGCCGGGUCCGCCGUACCGACGCCACUCUGCCGGUAGAGGCUGGCUUGUACCGUUCGUCUACGGUACCGGCAGAGGCAGGCUCGCACCGUCCGCUUAUGGUACCGGUAGAGGCUGGCUUCUGCCGUCUGUUUACGGUACCGAUGGAGCCGGGCUGGUACCGUCUGCGGACUCGGACUGCGAGCUGGGCACGUACCGCCCAUCCCGCCGCAUCGGUACAACCAGGCUUGUAUCGCUCGUGUCUUCAUAAGCCAAACCUGUUUUGUGGCCUCAAGAAGAAGGGCACGCAGCCUGGCUCAGCGGCGAGACGUAACCUAGGGACAACGGGAGUCGGCGCCGUCUCGUGCGUCCGUGAUCCGCGUUGGCUGAAGCAGUUCGUGACGGCAAAGUUCAAGUGUCGAUGGUGCCGUGUCUAUUCGCACUGGUACGCCAUAGCCUGCAGUCUCAAUGGUUCGGUGAUGCCGUGUUGAUUCGCACUGGUACGCCAUAGCCUGCGGUCUCAUUGGUCCGAAAGUAGGGCGGUGCAUAAACAUUCUGCAACUAGCUGAUCUCCACAUGCUCAUGAAACAUUCGGCAGUGCUGUAUGAUCUCAAAGGAAAGAUCUCUGAAUGCUACAUAGAUGUUACGUGUUGCUCUUAACCGGUGUUAGCCAGCACUACACUAUACAUUCAAAGCACCAUAUGUAUCAUACACAUCGUAUAUAAGCAUAUUUAAUUAUUUCGUGCUCAAGUAAUCAUAUCAAAAUGUGAUUGUAACGAAUGCGUCGCGACGAGUGCCGUGUAAUGUUAAACUUGCAAUGCAAGCGAGUGAGAUGUACUUGGUUCUAGUCAUAUUAGUUCGUGCCCUCAGGACGCUAGCCAAAGAUGAUCACUUGUACACAAUGGCAUUGCCCACUGCACACAUCUGCAUUAGAACAGAUGGGGGAACAAUCCAUGCAGUUAGAGGUUAUGUCCAAUGUGCACAGCUUUUCCUAUAAUUGUGAGAUAUUGUUGCUGCUAAGCCGAUGGUUACGGAAAAUUGAGUCAGGUAAACGUAUGCACCGUUUAAAUGGACUGAA